AUGGCAGACCCUAGCCUGCCUUACGUUCCAGACAACGGCCCUGAUCACCAGCCUGAAGAGUCGCAAGGCGAGGGCCAUGGCCAUGCGCUCAAGGUAAUGGCGAGCUCUCUCCAAGAGUGCCGCGAGCGUAUCAAACAAGGACAGUAUGCGCAGGUUCUUAAGCAGAUCGUGCGCAUUCUUUCCAUGUGCCCGUGCAAAGCGGGCGACAAGCGUCACCCGAAAGACAAAGGGUGUCAUAUAGCACAAUGCAUCAGCGCAGUGUUGGGCGAGGACGACGACUUAUACGCUGUUACCCAGCGUCUGUGUGCCUGUGAAUACAAGUGGCCACAGUGCUCCCUGCCGGAACACAUCUCCGCCCUAGAUGUGCUGGCCGAGUGCCAGGCUGACGCGGACCAGUACGUCUCUGCCUUUUCGACCGCCCUCGGUCUUAUUCGCCUGUCCCCUACUUCGGCUGCGGGUUACUGCCGUGCCGGCGUUAUUCUUCGUGAUUUGAUGAGGCGGGCUGCCAACUCGGAGCCUAUCGCCCAAAAGGCUAUGUCCACCAUCGUCAACCAUGCUAGACUGAAGGGCUUGGCAGACUUCAAGCUCUCCUGGAGCUUCCUCAGACGUUUUGUCGAGAAAGGACUGUACAACACCGACCAAUCCCGUAACGGCCCGAAUGAUAGCUACAGGUUUAUUCUGCAGCGAAUGGCUGAGAAUCUGAGGAUUAAGCAUGCUGGAAGAAAUCCGGCCGAGAAGCUUCCGAUCGAGCUGCUCACCAUGGUCUUUUCGUACCUGGAUACCAACACGCUUCUUCGGUGCCUGUAUGUCAACAAGAAUUGGCGCGACUUCCUCCUUACAGAAACGUCUGUUUGGGACCACAUCCGCCUCUCGAAGCCGGAGCACCCAACAGGGAACUUGUUCAAUAAGUUUCUAAGGGCCCGCAGUCAAGACAUCAAGAGCUUUGUCGUCCAGGAAAUCGUCAACUUCAAAUUGACGGUCACCAAGCUGAACAGUUUGCUUCAUGGCCUCCCGAAUCUGAAGCAGCUGUGUCUAGGCACUGAAUACAAGAUUCUCACUCGACCAGACAUGACUUCAGGCCUCGGGUUACCGACGAGGCCAGGCCCAAAUCUGACCCGCCUGUCCCUGGGAGGGUUGUUUGAGGAUGUUUGCAUACGAUUGAUCGAGAUAAACGCCCAGACUCUGCAGGUGCUCGAUUUGGUCAACAUCCAGGGAAGAGUGAACCGGGUGCUUGCGACGACCGAGCUUCCAAGGCUUGAAAGGCUGAGAUUUGUUGGGACGGAAUUCCUCCUCCACUCUGGUGUCGGGCAAACCGAGACGGCGCUCGUGUUGGAAACCGUGGUGGAUGCCACGCCGAAUCUUCAGCGCCUCGAAAUCGAUGGUUAUGAGGUUCGCUGGCUCUUUGACCCGGUCAACCCGCCGGCAGUGUGGCCUCACCUCCGCGAGAUUGUGCUCGGCCCAGCCGCAUCCGUGAUGGUGUCUACGGUCUAUGGACACGAACUAGGUUUCCUCAUCACGAUAGCCGGCUCCCUACGAUCCAUUGAGGUGCUCUAUAUCAAACCCCCUGUGAGUUUUGUCAGAACCAAUCACAUCGCGAUCCCGUUUUACGCCCCCAUCUCCGAGGUCCUGGGUCAGCGCUUGCGCCAGCUAGAAGUAUUUCGUUAUCUGGGCGCGGCCGCACCGGAAGAACUGUAUAACAUCCUAGGGCCGGCAACAAGAGCCGGCAACCUCAAGGUCCUCGAGUUGUGGGCCGGCCCGUCGUUGAGGGCCUCCCUUCCCUGGAGCUGCUAUAACAGACUGCUCAACGAGAACAUCCACACUUUCGGACUGCACUAUUUCAACUGGUCCGAUAUUUGCGACCCGGAUGGAUUUGACGGCAUGCCUUUUAUCGACUUGCUGAAAAACUGCCCAAAGGUGCACACCGUCAGCGUCUUCCCGAACGCUGAUGCCCCCAAGGCCGUGGCCCGCUUCAUGGCCCGCCUCGUCUGCCACCCGGGAAUCCGAGUCAUUCGUCAAAACGCCCUCAAGGGUACCCUUAGGGACGAAGUGCUCGAAAUGGCACGCAAGCGUGGCGUCGAUGUUCAACACGUCCCGCCCAGGCAAACCGCUACCUGGGUUGAUGUCAUCAAAGAAUACUAG